AUGGUAGUCGGACAAAAUAAUAAAAAUCAACAAGAAGAAUCAGUCUAUAAUUUAAUACCACGAGCUGAAGUUCAUGUACCAAAAGCAUCUGGUUAUGUAUCAAAAUUUAAUCAAAAUGUUCGUGAAUCAUUUAAAGAAGGCAAACAUGAACAUCGAACAAUGGGCUAUGCUGAAGAACCAGUUCCCGAUCCACAACAUUUUCUUAAAAAACAUCAAAAUGAUACUAAACAGAAUCCUUCGAAUAAUCGUAAAAUUUUCUUUUGUCUUUUAUUUUCUGUACAAAAUUCUUUUCUCUUUCAUACAAAUAAAGAUACAUCAUCAAGUAAAGAUCGUUCACAACGUAAACCACCUGUUCCAAGUAUUCGUGAUGCCCCUAAAAUGGGCGCACGCACAGAAAAAAAUUUCAUUCAAACAAAUGCACUUGAUGUUGUUAUGACAGUACCAAAAAAAUCCGAACGAAAUAUCGUUGAUGAUCGAUAUGGUGAUAAAUUUCCUAUUGAUUCAAGUGGUUUAGCACCAAAAUACAUAUUGAAAAAAAAUUUUGGUGAAGUGCCAAUUUAUAUAAAAUCACGGCGAGAAGAUAUGGAAAAAGCUAAACAAGAAUAUCAAACUUAUGUUUCCGAUUAUUUUCGUCGGGGAGCUAUGCGUGAAAUGGAUAAUGAUGAACGACAAACAAUUCUUGACGGUUUAAAAAAACAAUGGGAAGAUGUUCAUCAUGAAUAUCAAACACUUUCAGUUAUUAUUGAUACAAUUCCAAAACGACUAUAUAAAGAACGUCUUGAACAUCAAAUGAAACUACUUGAAAAAGAUAUUGAUCUAUUAGAAAAACAUCAAGUCAUUUAUGUUGCUGAUUGA